AUGGAGCCACGAGAUAGACAAUUGCUUCUUGAGCAAAAGCGUCAAAGACUCAAAGAACUUAAACAGAAGAGAUUAUUGAAGUCCAGUGAACAUGAAGUGAAUGUAGACGAAUUGAGAGAUCAGCUUCAAAUACCAGUGAGUGAAACAAAAACGGUUAGUGUAGCGAUACAAGUUGACAAUGUCUCCGAAAAUAACAAGAUAAAUAUUCCUGAUAACUUAGAGAAAGAGAAGGAAACUUUUGAUAAAGGUAUUCAGGUCAGGUGCGAAGACGACGAAGAGACAUCGAGUACUACCGACAGUGAUGUGAAUGAAAAAGGUUAUGAAGUACCAGACAGGGAAUCUAAAGAAUCUGAAGAAACGGCGUUAAAAGAAAUUGAUGUGCCUUUGUUAGAUGCACUGAUUAAAGAUUGUAUCAAGCUACUUAAUAAGGUCGUCAUAGAGGAUGCAAUUGACACCAAUGGGGUAAUAGAUUAUAAUAAAGCGUUGGACGGAUCUAAUGCAAACAAAAGCGAAAAAUCCAGUAUUUCAUUUGAUCAAAUAUAUAGCAUAGCAGGAGAGAAAGGAAGAUCCGUUACUGCAAUAGACGUAUCCCCUCAUUUUGAAGAGCUUGUUAUAAUUGCAUAUUCUGAAUCGAUACAUGAAUGUGACUCAGAGGGAUAUGCUAUAGUUUAUAGCCUCAAAGGCUCCAACAGCUUUCCAGAAUAUUUUCUUCAAUGUACUUCUCAAAUCAACCAAAUCAAAUUUGAUAAAGUAAACUCGAAUAAGAUUAUUGGAGGAUUAGACGACGGUACAAUAGUCAUAUGGGACUUACUAUCUUCAGAUUCUUCUACUGUGGCAAGAUUGCCGACGUUGAGCACGCCUAUAUUAGGCACUUUUCAUACACUGGCGAUUUCUUCCAUUAACCAGUUUUUAAACGAUGGAAGUAUUGUUAUAGUUUCAACUUCUUAUGAUGGAUCUGUGAAUGCGUGGUCAACGAAUUUCUUGGAGGCUCCCAAGUUCAAAACAAUAAGAUUAUAUUCAUCAGAUGAAUUUCUGCAAUUUCCAGGCUUAGAAGACAAUCUAAUCGUUCUGGAUUCACUUUUACUUGACAGCGAGACGACGACUACAUUAGCAUCUUUAGAAGAGAAGGUCUUGAAUACUCUUAUUAUUGGAGUAGAAGAAGGCAAGCUAUACCGAUUCAAUAAUGAUUUAAAAGCAACUACAUAUAUUAUUCAGGACUCUCCGAAUGAACUUCAAUCGUCAAUUUUAACUUCCAUGGAUCGUAUAGGCAAAAAGUUCAUUAUCUCUUCUCAUUUGGAUUGGAAUUUACGAAUUUGGGAUAUGAAGAGGAGCAAGCCAUUAAUAAACAUUCCAACAACCAGUGUGAUAUCAAGUAUUGCUGUACGUCCCAAUCACCCUUUUCAGUUCAUCACAGUUGGAAUGUCAGAUAUUCCGGUGAUCAACUUCUGGGAUAUCGAAUGCAAAGUGUGGAAUCCUAUUUUCAAUAUUCCAACUACUAAAGAAGUGCCAACGUCUGCCAUUUUCACGCAUAGCGGCAAUCAAUUGGUAAUAGGAUUUAAAGAUGGAUCCGUUUCUGCCUGGACAAUAGACUCGAAGUCACUAGAAAACUCAAUUAGAAUGUCAGAAAAUAAAGAUCUCGAUUCUGGAUUCCAAUACAUUUUGCAGUCUUACGAUGAAUCGCUGGACGAAUAA